AUGGCAUCCAUGGCGGCUACCUCAAUCUUCGCGUUGUCCCUUAUACCAUCAUCGAGAUUGCUAAAGAUCGAAAUCCCCAAAUCUCGAUCAUUUUUAGCCUUAAAUUACAAGGGAUUGAAGGUCAAUCACCGGAGAUUUAUUGCAGUGAAAGCAUCAGCUCCCGGAUUGUACUCCGCCGGCCAGUUCGAGCUUACUGCAGAGAACGUAGAUAAGGUUCUCGAAAACGUCCGGCCUUACCUCAUCGCCGACGGCGGGAACGUCGACGUUGUGUCCGUUGAAGACGGUGUAGUUUCGCUCAAGCUCCAAGGAGCUUGUGAAUCUUGCCCGAGUUCAACGACCACGAUGAAAAUGGGAAUCGAAAGAGUCCUCAAGGAAAAGUUUGGAGAUGCCAUAAAGGAUAUAUGUCAAGUAAAUGACGAGCAAGUGACCGAGACAACGGCAGUAAAUCGACAUUUGGACAUCUUGAGACCAGCCAUUAAGAACUUCGGUGGGAGUGUGGAAGUAUUGUCUGUUGUGGGUGGCGAUUGUCUGGUGAAGUAUGAGGGACCCGAUUCUAUUGGGUCGGGUAUUAAAGCAGCCAUUAAGGAGAAAUUUACAGAUAUUGUGAAUGUCGAGUUUGCGAGUAUUGUGUAG